AUGUCAGUGUUGCAGAGCCACCAAUGUCUCUUCUCCUUCACCACUCCCGCCUUCUCUCUGCCUCACCGUAUCCGGACGACGCGUCUCAUCUCUCUCUACCGCCCACCGGAUUCCAACUCUCAAUUCCCUUCGCUCUCCGGUUUUUCCCGGACCCGACCCGAUAGAUUCCGGUUACCCGCCUCGAAAAAAAUCGCCGAUUUGGCGGAGGUAAAGGAAGAAGGAGAAGGAGAAGAUGGCCCCAUUGAGCUUCCUCCGCCGUCUUCGUCUCCGUUCUCGUCUACGAACUCCAUUUUUGCCACUUCCGAUGACCCUUCUCCUCUCCAAUUAGCCACAAGCGUAAUGCUAACCGGUGCCAUCACUAUCUUCCUCUUCCGAUCGCUUCGACGGCGAGCUAAGCGCUCUAAAGAGCUGACAUUUAGAUCUACCGGAGCGAAGAAAUCGCUGAAAGAAGAGGCAAUGGAGAAUCUGAAAGCAAUGGGCUCAACUCCGAUAGAAGGAGGCAAUUCGACUCCAUCGGCGGCUCAGGCGUUUCUGGGUGCGAUCUCAGCAGGAGUUAUCGCUCUCAUCCUUUACAAAUUCACUCUCACCAUUGAAUCUUCACUCAAUCGUCAGACUAUUUCUGAUAACUUCUCGGUUAGGCAAAUUACAGUUACCGUAAGGACUAUCAUCAACGGAAUAUGCUAUCUUGCAACGUUUGUUUUCGGUGUCAACGCAAUCGGACUUCUUCUUUACUCUGGCCAACUACUUUUCAACGAAGAAUCUGAUGAAAACAAUAAGGCCACAACAGAGCCUAAAGACUCAUCAGGUGACAAUAGUCAAGUAAAUAAUAGCAAUGAGGAUCAAAAAAGUUCGGGUGAUUAA